GCAAAGGAAAUCGGCGCUCUGUUUGCACCGCUCGCGUCUCCGAUUCUCUCUCGGUCCCUUGGCGGCGCCCAUCCUCACUUUAUCACGAUGAUUUACAAAUGCUCGCGCGGUGGUGAACUAUAUAUCGGCUAGUCGGAGCCCUGGAGCGCCGGAGGUGCGAGGCUCCCUCGCACCGACAUCAUUUUCUUCUCCUUCUCGCCAGCCGAGGGUGCGACACCAGUCAAUAACUCGUUGCCGAUCGCUGCCGAUUUUCCCACACUUUUCAAUGAGCCGUCAAACGUAAGGACAUUGUGAUAUCAAUCGAAGGAAAUAAAAAAAAAAAAAUAAAAUAAAAGGACUAUCGCAUUUUUGUCCAGAACAACUUGGUAGUACUAAGUUUAUCCGAUGGUGGGUGUACACAGAGUGCGUAUGAACACAGCAUUGUGAAAAUAAUACCUCAUCUGCCGCUACAUACAGAUGCGACACGGCAACUUCCACACACAUACGCACUCGAUAUACAUAAACGAGCAUAUAGUUUGUAGGAGCGCGUGCACGAUAUUUCCAUCUGCGACGACUGUGUUUUCAUUCUGUGGACUGUUUAAGUACUGUGCUGGGGUGUACGAACGAGCGGAGCGACGAGCAUGAGGAUAGUGACGACGAGUGGCAGAGAACCAAUGUGACGCUGACUUGGCCGAAGAGAGAGAGGGGACUGGGGACCACUAGCCACUGGGUUCAAUUGUCACCGGAAAGAUCGGAAACUCAUCAAAUUGGUCUUUGAUGCGGCGUGUACGAUGGUGCUGAAGAAAAGUCUGAAGAAUGGAUUCAAGAUCGAGGACAAACAGGGCGAAGAAAAGACCAAACACGAUUCCAUCGCAUUACCCGCGAAAAACAAGGAGGAUGACGUUCGUUUGGCGGAGGAGGGCGAGGAUGAGGCGCCGGACGGCGGAUGGGGUUGGAUGGUGACUUUCGGGAUGGUCAUAGUCUUCGUAACGACGAUAGGGCCGAGUAACUCGUUCACCAUAGUCUUUGGUGACUUUUUGGAUGCGACACAUCAGGCUGGUUCCGUCACAACGAUGCUCAAUUCGCUCUUCAACAUAAGUUAUUCACUGGCUGGUCUGGUGACGAGUCCUCUACUGAAGCAAUUCUCCAUGAAGUCGGUCGGUGUCGUGGGCGCCAUAAUUUUCUGCAUACCCAAUGUCAUGCUGGCAUUUGUGCACCAAGUCAUUGAAAUGGCUGUGAGCAGCUUCCUACAGGGGCUGGGACUUGGACUGCUAUUUACGAUAUGCAAUAUUAACUUCAAUGCCUACUUCGUUAAGAAGAGGUCGAUGAUCAUGGGCAUUGCUCAAGUUAUCGUCGGUCUGGGAAACAUCGUCUAUCCAAUCGCUAUCGAGAUGAUGAUGGAAGAAUACGGAUUCAGAGGUACUGCGCUGAUUAUCGGGGCGCUGGGUCUCAACUGCAUCCCCGCGAUGGCGUUGAUGCGGCCACCCGACAUCUGGAAGAAAAACUUCAAGAGUAAAAAACAACACAAGGAGGGCGACAACCAGGUGGACGAGAGCAAGAAGCCCCUGAUGAGCACGGACCCCGUGCCUUUGGCUCCUCGGGAAGUCGAGCUGCUCAAAAAGGCCAGCAAGUGGAACAGCGUCAGGAGCUUGCAGGAGGACGCAUCCAAGCAACCUGAUCUGACACCUGAAGUGAGGGUUGCUUCGGUCUCGGAUGUGGAAGGCGGGGUAUGCCGGGAGCGCAGCAAGUCCUUGAUGGUGAGCGGUCUGCGGUACGACAGACCCAAGGUCCGCAAGGGCCUCCUAGCGGGCUUUACCUCGUCCAGCUUGACGAAUCUGAGGGUACAGCCGGGACCCGAGACCCUCACCAACGUGGUGAUGCAGAUGCAAGGAACCGAGACGGCCAUCGCCGAAGACGAUCGGGACAACGAUGGCGUCGAGAUGGACGUCAUCAACGAAAAGACGUCGAAUUUUUUCGGCGCCAGGAGCCGUCGUAUUCUGGACAGCCUGAUCGACUUCUCGUUACUUAAGAAUCCGUCCUUCCUGAACAUGUGCCUGGGCCUUUCCUUCGUUUUCACCAGUGACUUGACCUUCAGCACCUUCUUGCCGCUGAUGAUGGCCAGCCGCGACUUUACCAAGGCCGACGCGGCACUGGCCAUUACUGCUUCGGCAACUGCCGAGCUGGUGUCUCGCAUUGCUUACGCGACUUUUGCCAUUUUCUACGACGUCAGGCCAAAGGUCAUCUUCUUCGUCGCCAUGUGCCUGAUGUCAUUGGUCCGUAUAGGCUAUCUGUAUCUAGAGGACACGCUGUCGGGGACGAUAAUCAUGGUGGCAGCGAUCGGCGCUGUGCGCUCCUGGCUCUUUGUAUCCCAGUCGCUUGUCAUCGUUGAAGACAUCCGUGUCGAUCAGUUUGCCGCCGCUUACGGGGUCUACGCUAUCGUCAGUGGCGUUAUAUCCAUUACGAUUGGACCCUUGACAGGUCUCGUGAAAGACUGGACUGACAGUUUCACUGUGUGCCAAAUCGUACUUGUUAUAAUGAACACUGUGUUUAUCGUGCCUUGGGCAGUGGAAAUAAUUUACAGCAAGAAGAAAACGCGGAGUGAAGCACAAGUGUGAAUCAGCAAGUUUGUAUCACAGUGUUUUCUAAAAAAAAAAAAAGAAAAGAAAAAAAGAAAAAAAAGUGCAAGUAAAAACUGAAAGUGGGGCAAAACAUGCAAGUAAUGAUGCUAAGUGAUGAUUGUUACCGUUGUGUAGUUUAAUCCACAAACGACUCAACGACUUAUGAUUCUCAAUGUUUAAUUAGACUAAUACACCU